UGAAGCGGAAACAGGAAGUGCGAAAACAGGAAGUGGGGUGUUUGUUGUCAGCAACAGUUGCUGUUGUCCCUUUUGUCGCUUUGAUACUUUUAUUUUCUCAGUUUGUUUCUGACUCUAAAAUGCUUCAUGACCUUUAUGAUGGGCAGUUCUCCACAGUGUUUCCGGACGUUCUCCGGGUCGGAACCGUCCAGCUGCUCGCGGGUCCCGUCUGAUGCUGGAGCGGGAAGUUUGAAACAGGCUAGCUGAGUUUAGCCUGUCAGCUAACGGCUAAUGAAACUUUAACUCAGACUUCAUUAAACUCGUCAGCAUGUUUCCUCCGCCGGCCUCCGGCUCCGAUACACUCUGGGAUUCACCCGGUGGGACCGGUCCGGAUCUGUCCUCCUGCAGCUCUGACACCGGGGACGUGUUGAUCCGCGCCACUCGGGUUCUUUCGUCGGAUCAUAGACAGGACGCUGGACCGGGACCCGGACCUGUCCACAUAACCGUUCAGAAGCUGCGGGACCGUCCUGUCCGGCAGCAGCGGCCGAAGUCUCCACAGGAACCGGACAGAGCGGCUCCUCUGCCGGCUGCAGCUCAGCUUCAGCCCGGUCAGAGCUCCGUGAGAGCGGCCAGAAGAACCGGGAAGAAACCCAGACAGACAAAAGAGAACAGACAGCCUCCAGCAGCAGAACCCGGUCCAAACAGGAAGCUCUCUGCUGGGACACACACGGACCAGCAGCCCGACGAUCUCCUGACAUCUCGCUUUGCUGCCGGAGGGCGAGGAGUCGUACUCGCAGCUCUGAAACAACGCUCUCAUAGCGCCCCCAUCAGGAGGGAGGUCAGGGUGCAGCUGUUGGACCAGAGGCCGGUCCAGACAAGCUCCCAGGGUGCACCUGGUCUGACGACUGGCCGCCAGGAUGCAGUGCGCGUGGCGGAUGUCCAGACGGAGGCGGGGCUGUCCUCUGGUUGCCUGGGAGACGACACCAAUGCAUCAUCAUCAGCGGCUGCUCUCAUCAAGGCUCAGUCACUGAUGGAGGCUCGAGUGUCUCACCUGGCUGAAGGUGUUCAGCAGCUGCUGCAGGCUGAGAGGAACAGGAGGUGGAGUCUGAGCCAGCAGACCCUGCAUCACCUGGAGACCCUGCAGAGUCAGCAGCUGCAGCUGCAGAGCCAGCUGCUGGACUCAGCCCUCAGGACGGUAACAGGACGUGCCCCAGUGACUCCGGCCGCCUCUGACAUCACACGGGUCAGAGGUCAGCCGGUCACUCACCUGGAGCCUGCAGUAAACGUCUUCAACCAGCAGCCGAGCUCCUCAACAACCAUCGCUGCCGCCACUGCAGAGACUGACCCAGUUACCAUGGCAACACCCCACCAUGACCAACGACCAGAGCAAACCAGAGCUGCUCCCAGUGUGUCCACGGCCGCCCGGCCAGCUGCAGGAGCUCAGCUGCAGUCCUGCAGUGACAGUCAGGCUGCGGCAAGGAGAGCCAAUGAGAUGCUGAGGGACAUGGGACGUCUGCAGACUGAGAUGAAGACGCUGCUGAUGCCAGAAGACUCUCUGAAAACCCACAGACAUGGACCAGACCUCCACCAAUCCCAACAGAACCUGCCUCAGUCCCAACAAUCUCAACAGAUCCGGUCUCAACCAAACCACUUCCGGUCCAUGUCUCAGCAAACUGAGCCCCAGUGGCCAUUACAACAGACCCAUAAAACCCAGUCUGUACUUGUCAAGAGAAGGCCUGUGGUUCUGUCCACGGUGGAGGAGGCAGGUCAGGUUCUCCGUCAGGUUCAGAGACAGAAGAAGGUUCUGGAGGAGAACCUGGAGGCUCUGCUGAGGGUUAAAACUGGGGAGGUCCUGCACUGCCAGCUGGAGGCUCUGGCUGCUAACAGAGAUUGGACUCAGGAGGGCCGGAUCAAGAAGACUGUGGACGCCUGGAUCAGCACCUUAAACAAAGACAUCCAGGCUGAGAUCUCCUCAGAGGACGCUGCGACCAAACACUCAGCCAGCAGAGAUGCUGCAGUGACAUCACAGCGGAGUGCUGCUUGGAGCUCCGCCCAUACAGACAGGAAGAGGCCAGUGAGUACACUCAGAGUAACAGGAAGCAAGACAGGAAGUGGAGGACAGACAGCAGGAUGCAGACAGCUGCAGGGGGCGGAGCCUGGUGGACCAUCAGGUGGACUGACGGACAGCGAGCAGGUGGAUGGAGAGUCGUACCUGACUCGUCUGUAUGGCAGAGCUCCGUAUGAAGGUCUGAGACGAACCCUGAAGAAGAGUCCGUACCUGCGCUUCAGCUCACCUGGAUCACCGUGCAGCAGGAAGCCCCGCCCCCGAGUGGUCGAGAGUGUCAGAGGUGUGAAGGUAAAGUCCUGUAAGACUCAGACUAGUUUGGCUCCUCCCCUCAGUCUGUCACCUGGACGACCUCUGUGUCAUUACAUCAUCAGCUCCUCUCACCUGACCAAUGGUGACCCUGCCGACCUCACAGUGACCCCCACAAACAGCUUCUCCGUUCCCAUGGCGAUCCCACUGGGUCGUCCCAGGAUGGACUCAUCCUCCAGGUGUCUCACGGAGUGUCAACAGGAAGUGACAUCACCACCCACAGCUCCACCCACAUCCACUGUGGUUGCCGCUGACGACAGAGCCUCUGAGCUGCUGUCACAGGCGAGGGUGACUCCUCAGAUGAGACGGGAGCAGCAGGAUGAAGGUGAAGCUCCUCCUCCUCCUCCUGUUGGCAUCACUGAGACGAAGAGUGAAGAAGAAGAGAAAGAAGAAAACGUUUUCCCUGGAACUGACUUCCUGUCUGAGGCUGACAUCAUCCAGCAGGAGGAGGUGAGUGUUGUGGGUGAGGAGGUGGUGGAGUUGGAUGGAGGACCGUCUCCUCCUCCAGUCCUCUAUCAGGGUCCGCUCUUCCCUCCUCAGGCCCCCCCUGCUCUUCCUGCUCAGGAUCAGGCUUUCAACCUGGGCCUCAACCAGCAGAGAGACAUCCUGGAGAACCGGCUUGUGGAAUGGGUGGAGCAACAGCUGAUCUCCAGGAUGAUCUUGGAGAUGUACCGCCCCCCUCCCACCGACCCUGCCCAGAACAACUACACCGACCAAUCAGAGUCUGAGGAGCGGAGCGUCGCCUCAGAUAUUGUGGAGGCAGCAGGAGGUGGAGGUCUGCAGCUCUUUGUAGACUCCAACAUGUCGGUGGACUCAGCUCUGAUCAGGCAGCUGGUGGACGAAGUUCUGACCGAGCACAUCGCUCUGAUGCUGGGACACAGAGAUACACAGACAGGACCAGAACCAGGACUUGAACCACCAAAUCCAGGUCCAGGAGCCCCUGAGGAGGAGGAUCUGGGGCCACUGGUUCCUACACCAGUACUGACCCCUCCACCCAGUCUGACCCCGCCCAGCAGAGAGACCCCGCUUCUGACCACACCCCCUCCGUCUGAACCGAACAGUCUGCUGAACGAGGAGUCUCCUCAGCCAAUCACAGCACCAGAGCAUGUGACCACGCCCACCUCCAGCCCAGAGCCCGCCCACUCUACCGGAGGUCCUCAUGCUGUUUGUCAAGCCACGCCCCCUCUCACCUGGGGAGACGCUGAGCUGCCGUUGGAUGAAGAGAGAUCAGAGGAGCACCUGGAGACACACCCACUGCCACUGGUGAUGUCAGUGGCACAGGACGAGCCUCCUCUCUUCUCCCCUCUCCCUCCUCCUGCUCCCUCACCAUCUCCUCCUCCUCCUCCAGCGUCCCCCUCUGCCUCCUCAGAGUCCAGCUCCUCCAGCAGCUCCACCUCCUCCAGCAGCAGCAGUGUGGUGACAGCAGGAACUGAAGGAGCGUUCAAACACAUCUCAGAGGGAGAGCUGCUCAUCAGCGUCAACCAGCUGGCUGCCAUGACAGAGGAGGAGCCUGUCUGCAGUUUCUCCAGUUCUCUCCAGGAGCUGCAGGAGAUGGACUUUGACCCCCCCAGUGAAGGACAGUUCAGAUGUCACGACCUCCUGCAGACCCUUCUGACCAAGAUGGAGCAGGGAGUCUCACACACACACAGAGGAGAGAGACCACAGCCAGAGGGCUCCUGGGGGAGGGAUCAGGAGGAGGGGGAGGAGGAGGUGAGCGUGGGGGAGGUGAGAGACAUCACAAAACCUCACCGGACUACAAAUCCCAGCAGGAGGACUACAGCAGCUGCGCGGGGUCAAACCUCUUCCUCACCUGGACAGAUCAGUCAGUGUGCAGACGUGUCAGAGGUCAGUUUUGAAGCAACCAAUCAGGACUCUGUUACCGUGGACGACCUGAUGGUGGAGCCGGUGGUUACACUGACCUCCGACCCCCAGACUGACCAGUCACUGACUCCGCCCCCUUCAGAGCGCGUGGUUCCUGUCCUGGUCAGACCGUCAGAACCACCAGCAGCAGGAAGCAGGAGGAUGGAUGUUCAUCUGCCCUCCGUCAGACCGGAGGAGAAGGAGGAGGUGAUGGAGGAGGUGAUGGAGGAGGUGAUGGAGGAGGUGUCAGAAGCAGGCGCAGACUCGUCCACUGACGAUGUUUUCUAGAAAGAAACUGAAGCGACUCAUCCAUCAUCUUCCUCCUUUUAUGUUUAAAUGAUUCCAACAGGACGAUGAUGUCAGAGGAGGUCUGAUGAUGUCAUACAUCUUCAUCACCUCCUUCCUCAGAUGUGUUGCUGACUUUCUGUCAUCAGACUGUUGAACACCAGAGUCUGUCGUUUGAAUCAAUCAGUUUAAUAAAGUUGUGACUGACAGUGAUGUGA